CACUGAUCUGUUUUAUCAAUUAUAGUUCGAUAGUUCGCAAUGGACAAUAGUGCUGUGAAAAUCGCACGAUCUUCGCCUAGACCGAAAGUUUUUCUUAACAAUAAGUCUUCCACCGAAGAUAAAGAUAAUAUGAAACAGCAACAGCCGAAUAUCAAAUCAGAAAAAUGGGAACGUUUUCAAGAAUUAAAAAGAAGGCGAGAAGAAUUUGAAAGUAAAUCUAAUAAAAAGAAGAGGAAAACAAGCAGUUUUAUAACAACUCAAGUUGAACCGUCAUCGACACAACAAAAACAUACUAAGAUAAAGCGAAAAAUAAAAACAUUUGAUAUAGCAGACCCUUCAACACUCCCAAAAAGUAUAGCAAAUUAUUUACGUAUGAACGAACAUUUGAAAGGUGUUGAUCAUGGUCGUUUAUCGACAAAAACUCGAUUAGAAAAAGAACUUGAUAAGGCUGUUGAAAAUGGAGACUUAGAAUUAGCUUCAAAAUUGAGCGACCAAAUUGCACAAAAUAAUUAUGAAACAAUGGUUAACAAAGCAAUAGAAAGAAAAGAAUUUGAUGAAGUGAAAAAGAGGGAAGAAGAAAGGAAGGCUAAUAAGAAAAAACCUAAGUUAUAUUGGGGAUUCGAAACAAAACAUAGAUGGGAGACAAAGAGUAAUAUGUAACACCAAAGAGAAUUGAAAAUGAAUCCGUUGUAUGUAUUAGUAUAUACAAAAAUAGAUGUGUGAUUAUAUUAUUUUAUACGUAACAAUAUCUUGUAAUAAUUUAUGGGCGAAAAUAACUGUUUAACUAAUAUAAUCGUAAAUCAUAAGUGUGAAAAAUGGAUUUUAUUUGAUAAAUAACAUACUAUAAUGAUGCCGCG